GGUGGAUGUUGCCACCGCAUGAUUGGGCAGACGCUCCGCAGCAUCGUGGAAGAAGGCGGAACUCGUACUCUUGAGUCGCCAAGUGGAAUUCAUCUGGCCGCCCUCUCAGCUGUCGGCUUCCCAAUGGACGACAGCAGGCUGACGCGGUGGUGCCAACAUGGAGUCUGA